AUGUAUAGCAGACUAGAUUUUUGCCUCCAGGCCUUAGUCGUCGUCGCCGCACUGGCCGCCGCCGCCGGCGCUGCACCGGCUCCCGACUCCCCGUCAUACCACCCGGAGUACCAGUACAAGGAGGAGGCCAAGCCGUUCGCCUACGACUACGCCGUCAACGACCACUACACCGGAGCCAACUUCGCCAAGAAGGAGGAGAGCGAUGGCCACAACACCCAGGGAUAUUACUCGGUGGUUCUGCCCGACGGACGUGUCCAGCACGUCAAGUACGUCGCCGACAACUACGGCGGUUACAACGCUAAGGUCACCUACGAGGGAGAGGCCCAGUACCCCGAGUACCACCCCGCCCCUGCCUACAAGGCUGCUGCCCCGGCUUACAAACCUGCUACUGUUCACAAUUCUUCCCCUGUCUACAAGGUUGCUGCCCUGCCAUACAAGCCUGCAACGUACUCGGCAUGA